GUGUCAAUUGCAGUUUUUCUAAUACAGAUACAGUUUCUUCAAAAAAUCGGAAGGAUCCAUAAUACUAUUUAAACUUAUGUAAAUCCUAUUUUUUAACCUAUGUAAAAGUAUCUAUAUUCUUAUAAGUACAGUAGUCAAAGUCAAAGAAAAUGUCAUUAACUUGGUCAAAGGAUAUUAAGAAUUAUAAUGUUUCUAUAAGCAACAAAGAAGUAGAUGCGGAGUCUUUAAGUUCAGAUGAAACACAAGAUCAUAUUUUUCAAGAUCCAGUGAUUGCUGAGUACUAUAGAGAGUUAUAUGAAAGUACUAAAUAUGAAUGUAGAACGCACUUUGAUCCUGAAUUCACUUGGACACUGAAUGAAGAAAAGAAAGUCGUUAGAAAAACCGACUGGUAUGUUACGAUUUGGGCACUUCUUAUGUUUACUGCUUUAGAUUUUGAUAGGAGUAAUUUGGCACAAGCCUUGUCGGAUAAUUUCUUGGAAGAUUUAAAAAUAACAACCAAUGAUAUGAAUUUGGGAAGUACAAUUAAUUUAAUUUGCUUUUUAAGUGCCGAAUUGCCAUCUCAAUUGGUUUCCAAAUGGAUUGGAGCAGAUGUUUGGAUUCCAACUCAGAUGGUUUUAUGGAGUGUUGUGUCUAUUUCUCAAGCAGCUAUAAAGACUAGACUGGGAUUUUUUGUAACUAGAGCUCUUUUAGGAGCUCUUCAAGGUGGAUUUAUAUGUGAUGUAUGUUUAUGGAUGAGUUACUUCUAUACUUCUAAAGAAUUACCAAGUAGAAUAUCCAUUUUCUAUAUCGCAAAUCCAAUGACUACAGUUUGGUCCAGUUUGUUGGCAUUUGCUUUAUUGAAAGUUACAACUAAAGCAAUCCCCGAGGGUUGGAGAUGGUUGUUUAUUAUAGAAGGUGCUUUCACUUUAAUAGUUGGUGUAUUUUCUUAUUUUAAAAUGCCUGCUUCUCCAGUUCAAACAAAAGCUUGGUAUAGACGGAAAGGUUGGUAUACUGAUCGUGAAGAAAAGAUUGUUGUUAACAGAGUAUUGAGAGAUGAUCCCGAAAAGGGUUCUAUGCAUAAUAGACAACCUGUUGGACCAAAAGAAUUAGUUAAGGCUGUAUUUGAUGUUAAUUUAUUACCUAUCUAUAUUGUUCGUAUUCUUGGAGAUAUUGGUACUUCUCCAGUUUCAGGAUAUCUUCAGAUUGUCUUAAGGGGAAUGGGAUUGAGUACUUUCAAGACUAAUGCAUUUACUAUUCCAUAUAACAUUAUUUCAGUCUUUACAUUAUUACUUAUUGCUUGGGUUUCUGAAAAAUUAAAUAGUCGAGCUUUAGUUAUUGCAACCACUCCAAUUUGGGCUUUAGCAGGUUUAUUUCCCUUACGAUUUUGGAAAAAUGCUCAGAAAGAUAUUUAUGGUACCUUUGCAUUAUUGACGGUAUUAUUAGGACAUGCUCCUGUGUCAGCUCUUACUAUUUCCUGGUGUUCUUCUAAUUCUAAUUCUGUUAGAAGUAGAGCUGUUUCUGCUGCUGUUGUUAAUAUCUUUUCUCAAACUGCAUCUAUUAUAAGUUCCAAUAUUUAUCGUAUGGAUGAUGCUCCCUUAUACCACCGUGGUAAUGAAGUUCUUAUUGGAAUUGCGUUUGGUGCUGUGUUUGCCUGUGUAUUUACAAGACAAUAUUAUAUUUGGGUCAACAAGAAGAGAGAUGAAAAAUGGAAUGCAUUUACCCAAGAAGAGAAAGAGUAUUAUAUCAAUAAUACCACUGAUGAAGGUAAUAAGCGUUUAGAUUUUAGAUUCACAUAUUAGAGACUAAGUUAUGGUUUAUAAGUUUUUCAUAUUGUUAAUGAAAUGUUACUUAAUUAUG